UUUCUCUUCACUCACACUAACCACUUCCAUACUCCCUAUUUUUCUUGUAUCCCUUUAUCCUAACACUCUAUUAAUAUGAUAAAUUCACAACAUUCAACAUAUCCUAUAGAAUCUAACAUGUAUUUUACGACCAACAAAAGCACUAUCCAUCAUGUUUCAAAUGCACCAUUAUUUUUGCCAAAUGCUUUUCCACCUAUCCAACAUAUUAAUCCAAAUUCCGUCACAAAUUUUCCCGUCGUAGCAAUCAUUGUAAUAGGAAUGAUGGCCACGUCUCUCUUGCUUAUGGCCUAUUAUAUUCUUGUUAUCAAAUGUUGUCUUGAUUGGAACAAUAUUGAUCUUGUGAGAGGAAGACGGUUUUCUUUUUCAAGACAAAAUGAUCAAAAUCAAUCUUCAUCAUACUCGAUGACAUCGGAGCCAAGAGGAUUAGAACAAGUAGUGAUUAAUUCGAUUCCGAUUAUUCGCUACAAAGAAGAAAAGGAAUAUGGUCAUGAUGAAAGAGUUUCUUGUGAAUGUGCUUUUUGCUUGAAUGAGUUUGAACAAGAUGAGAAACUUAGAGCUAUACCUAAUUGUAACCAUUUAUUUCAUAUUGAUUGUGUUGAUGUUUGGCUUCAAAACAAUGCAAAUUGUCCACUUUGUAGAAGAAGAGUUUCUUUGACAAGAGAAACCAAAAAUGUUGAAAACAUCAUUGGUGAUUGUGAAGAUUUUGUUGUGAUUGAUUUGGAUCAUGAAAAUGAACAUGAUGAUGAUGAAGGACAAAACUUGCAUGAAAGAAGACAUGAAAGAGGUCAAGAAUUGCUGGUGUCUCCAAGUGAUUAUAUUAGUACUAAUUCACACAAGAAAGCAAUUAAGCUUCAUAAAGUUAGUAGUAUGAAGGAUAAGGGUAUAAUUGGUAUUAAUGAUAAAGAUGAUGGUUUUUUAGUCCAACCAAUUAGAAGGUCUUUUUCAUUGGACUUGUCCAUUGAAGUUUGCGGUGAUAGUAGUGGUAGAGCUAAGAGAUCAUUAUUUUCAUUUGGACAUGGAAGUAGAUCGAGAGAUGUUGUAUUACCUAUUCAUUUGGACCCUUGAAAGUUUCUUUCUAUGAGGCAUAUGCUUUUACAUUAAAAAUAAAAAAUAAUGGAAAGAAAAUCACACUAGAAACAUUGUCUUUCCACUACGUGUUCUGAAGGUUAAUGUUGACUCCCCAAUUAAACGCUUGGAUUUUCUAGAACAAUGUAGUGGUGACUUUUUUUCGUGUGAGAAAUUUUGGAGUUUGUGUUUCCAUUUAGUUUUUAAUAUUUGUAUGAUAAACAUGUGUAUCACAAUUCUAUU